UCAUGCAGCAGCAGCAGCAGCAGCAGCAGCAGCAGCAGCAGCAGCAGCAGCAGCAGCAGCAGCAGCAGCAGCAGCAGCAGCAGCAGCAGCAGCAGCAGCAGCAGCAGCAGCAAGCAGCAGCAGCAGCAGCAGCAAGCAGCAGCAGCAGCAGCAGCAGCAGCAGCAGCAGCAGCAGCAGCAGCAGCAGCAGCAGCAGCAGCAGCAGCAGCAGCAGCAGCAGCAGCAGCAGCAGCAGCAGCAGCAGCAGCAGCAGCAGCAGCAGCAGCAGCAGCAGCAGCAGCAGCAGCAGCAGCAGCAGCAGCAGCCAGCAGCAGCAGCAGCAGCAGCAGCAGCAGCAGCAGCAGCAGCAGCAGCAGCAGCAGCAGCAGCAGCAGCAGCAGCAGCAGCAGCAGCAGCAGCAGCAGCAGCAGCAGCAGCAGCAGCAGCAGCAGCAGCAGGAACAACAACAAGAACAAGAACAACAACAACAACAACAAUAACAAUAAUGAUAAGAGUAAAAA